CUUCCUUUCCUCCAGAGCUCUCUCUCCCUUCCUUCUCUCACUGACUCCAGGCUGAGUUCAACAGAUAGGAUGCUGUGCCUCAGCUCCCUGUCUACGCUCCUCGUCCUGCUUCUCCUCUACCCCCCUCCGCUGUCUGCACAGGAGGUGCUUGUACGUCUUGCAGGCGUAGGCCGACGCGGUGCAAACGAGGGACGCGUGGAGGUGUUCUACAAUGGAGCCUGGGGCACAGUGUGCGACGAUGAGGUGGACCUUAACCUGGCCAAUGUUGUGUGCCGACAGCUGGGCUUUCAGCGUAGCUUUACCUGGGCGCACAGUGCCAAGUUUGGCCAGGGAGAAGGUCUGAUCUGGUUAGACAAUGUGCACUGCAAGGGUACAGAGCUCUCCAUUGCAGAGUGUCGCUCCAAUGGUUGGGGAAUCAAUGACUGCACCCACGCUGAGGAUCUAGGGGUCAUUUGCAGUCCAGAAAGGAGAGCCGGUUUCCCUUCAGUCUCUUUGGAGGGAGCCCCUUCAUCAUCAAGGAACCAGCCGAGCCAGCAAAGACAGAGAAACCCGCCACCACCACCACCACAGUCUGCAUUACCCCCAGCUCCACCUGCAGCCCCAGCCUCUUCCUCUUCAAGAGGUCAUGAGAUUGCCCUCCAUCGCAACCCGACGUCUUCCCGCCGCAGCAGCAUCUCCCCGCAGGAAAAUGGCCAUGAGAUCCAGAUCUUGCGACGGAAUCGAGGCGGUUCGAGACCAAGCCAGCAGGUUAGCUCUGCGUUGCCACAAGGCCAUCAGCUACCUUCACGUCUGGCAAACGGCGCAGCCUACAGGCAGAGACAGGAGAGUUCGAGGACCAGUCCACAGGCAGUGAGACGGGAGGCCGAGGGGCAGACAAACAGGCAGCCUCAACCUCAAUCUCAAUCCCAGCGCCAGCCUGAGAGGAGGAAUCAUCAGCUCAGUGGGAACCAUGUUGAACCAGACCCAGUUUACCCAGACACGGGACUGGAGACUGAUACACAGUACAUACAGGGAUCUGAGAGGGUUCACUUAGAGGAGGCUCGUCUCCGGCCAGUGCUGACCGGCAACCAAGGGGGUCUGGUGACGGAGGGAGUGGUGGAAGUGAAGCAUGCUGGGAGGUGGCGUCAUGUGUGCAACCACGGAUGGGACAUGAGCAGCAGCCGUGUCGUCUGUGGCAUGCUAGGAUUCCCCGCAGCAGAAGCGUUUGACCAAAACGCCUACAGGAAACUGUGGGACUCCAAGUUGGCUGAUCCUUCGUCCAGACUGAGCUCCCAGGUUGGUAAGAAGGCUUACUGGGUGGAGAAGGUCCAGUGUCAAGGUGUGGAGGCAUCUUUGUCGCAGUGUCAGGCCCAGCUGUCCCUCCCCAGGACCGACGUCCCGUGCAGGGGAGGCAUGUCCGCCGUGGUCCGCUGUGUCCCCGGAUCCCAGUUUGCACGUUUCAGCAGAGGACCUGCACCACCUGCUGUAUCGCCUGUAGUGCGACUGAAGGCCGGACCCAGGCUCGGCGAGGGCCGUGUGGAGGUGCUGAGAGAGGGCAAGUGGGGCACCGUGUGUGACCACCUGUGGGACAUGCCAGCAGCCAGCGUGGUCUGCAGAGAGCUGGGCUUCGGCACAGCCAAGGAGGCGCUCACCAAGGCUCAGCUGGGACAGGGCACCGGUCCCAUCCACAUGAACAGCGUGCAGUGCACAGGCAGGGAGCGGUCGAUUACCGAGUGUCGCUACAGAGAGGUGCCACUCUACACCUGCAAACACAGCCAGGAUGUAGCCGUUCGCUGCAACGUCCCCAACACCGGCCUGCAGGCCACGGUGCGUCUGGCAGGAGGCAGAGAGCCUGCAGAAGGUCGUGUGGAGGUGCUGAUGGAGGUGGGAGGAGUGAAGCGCUGGGGCUCCGUCUGCAGUGAGAACUGGGGGAUCAACGAAGCCAUGGUGGUCUGUCGACAGCUGGGCUUGGGCUUCGCCUCCAGAGCUCAUCAGGAGACCUGGUACUGGCCUGGAUCUUCAGACGCCGGUGAGGUGGUGCUGAGUGGGACUCACUGCGCAGGCACUGAGAUGUCCAUCCAGCAGUGUCGCAGAAACACAAACGUCUACUGUCCCAGAGGAGGAGAGGGCAGAGCUGCAGGAGUCACAUGUGUAGAGACUGCUCCCGACCUCGUACUGGACGCUCAGCUCGUCCAAGAGACGGCCUACCUGGAGGAUCGACCUCUCCACCUGCUGACUUGUGCCAACGAGGAGAACUGCUUGUCCUCCUCUGCUGCCAGAAUGAACUGGCCUUACGGACACCGCCGCCUGCUGCGCUUCUCCUCCCGCAUCAUGAACAUGGGUCGUGCCGACUUCAGGCCCCGGGCCACCAGAGAAAGCUGGAUAUGGCACCAGUGUCACAGGCACUACCACAGCAUCGAGGUGUUCACCCACUACGAUCUGCUCACCAUCAAUGGGACAAAGGUAGCUGAAGGUCACAAAGCCAGUUUCUGCCUGGAGGACACCUACUGCCCCGACGGUAUCCAUAAGCGAUAUGCCUGCUACAACAUGGGACAACAGGGUAUCUCAGUUGGCUGCUGGGACACCUACCGCCACGACAUCGACUGCCAGUGGGUGGACAUCACUGACGUACGCCCCGGUGAAUACAUCUUUCAGGUGGAGGUCAACCCUUCUCUAGACAUGGCUGAGUCCGAUUUCCAGAACAAUGUGAUGCGCUGUCGGUGCAAGUACGAUGGAGCACGAGUUUACAUGUUCGGUUGCCAUGCAGCUGAUGCCUACAGCGCCGAGGCGGAGGACCUGUUUGACCACCAACGUCAGAUUUCCAACAACUUCCUGUGAAUUAAGGAACAGCCAGAUUUAAGAACAGAACAACUGUACAACUCCUCGCCACACCUCAGCGUGUCAGGGGAAGGAGGGUGAAUGACAAUGACAUGCCAGUAAACAGAGAGAGGAGGAGGGUGGGGGGAAAAAAAGGGGAGAUGUUUUGGGAGGGAUGGAUGGACUUGAU